AAGCUGCAGAUUUGGUUUUAAAAAAAUGUUUUCUAACCGAUCAAUAGCCUGAGAAAUGAGAGAAUGUUGAUAAUCUACAUAUACCUGUUAAAUUAGUAAUAAAUAUCAAGAACAUUUGACAGUAAACUUGGAACCAUUUCCGCUAUAAGAAACAAUAGCAUAAUUGAUCAGUUACGCAAAACGUGCGUGUCUCAAACCAAUAUCACAGCUUGUUCAAUUGUGCCAAGCUCAUUCAUUUUCCAGUGUGUUAGUUUUAAAAUCAGAAGAUUCUGUCACCUCCAGAGUUGAGCCAAUGGAAAGUAGAUUCCUGCCUGUGAAUAUGGCCUCCUCGAGGUUUUAUCUUCCAAGUUCACCUACUGUACCAGUGUUCCCAUGCUCGCCUUAUUAUGGUGGAUAUGUCAGACCAGAGAUGUCGUUCCCUCGUCAGGGUAAAGAUAUUAGAGUAUUGCCUGGUUAUAUGAGUCACUGUUACCACCCAGCCUUACAAGCCAUUCCGUACCAUGCCAUCGAUGAAGAAAAACCAACUCAGUCCUACAUUGGUCUCAUUGGCAAGGCAAUUCUAAGCUCUCCACAACAGAAACUUGUGCUAGGCGACAUCUACAGCUACAUACUGACAAAUUACCCUUACUUCAGGAAUAAAGGACCAGGAUGGCGGAACUCAAUACGCCACAACUUAUCGUUGAAUGAUUGCUUUGUGAAAAUGGGUCGUUCACCUAACGGCAAGGGACACUUCUGGGCAAUCAACCCGAUAAACUACGACGACUUCAGUCGGGGCGAGUACAAGAGAAAGAGAGCUCCGAGAAGAAAUCGGGAAAGAAAACAGGACCAAUUGACGACGAGCGAAAGGUUUACAACGCAUGAGAUUCCCUUUAACACUAACACUAUUCCACGUGGAUCAGAAAAAAGAGGUUUUCACAUCGAAACACUUUUGUCCAACAAAUGGGAGGAGGUAAAUAGCAGUGAAGCCCACAACACCAUGUCGGCAUUUACUGUUGUGUCCCCGGGAAUGGUGUGUACUGCUCAACAACUGCGUCAAAGUAGUUUACAUGGACAUUUGUCAGAGACAAAUGGGCAACCAUCAAUUAGGUAGUUUGUGCGCUACAAGUUAUAAACAUUAUGGUGUUAGCUGUUGACAAGCUGUGGUUCUUCACAGAAGUAACAUAUUUGCUGAAUGUUUUUG